AUGUUCGCCUGUUUUUAUCAUGGUGGUAGUUCAGAGUAUGACAGGCGAGAAGAUAAAACACAACCGAACAAAUUAAAAGAUGAAUUCAAAGGUAAAGCCUUGAAUGUUGACGUUUCUCUCGAACAAGACGAACGCAUCCCUAACUUGACAGAAAAUGCGAAACAAAUUGAUGGCCGCAAGGCGCGGAAGAAAACUUAUCUUUCAAAGAUGGUUAGAAAAGGUAAAUUUGAAAAUGUGAGAAUGUUAGCACUUCGCAAGGAGUAAUCGUCAACCAUAAUUUAUUUUUAGAAACUGCGAUGAAAACACUUCAAAGCGAAAGAAUACAAAACAGCCCAGUACUGCCGUUUUCAACUUCAACGCCAUCUGAGGUAAACGUUCCACGCAAAGAAUCGAUAACCAUCUCCCACUCAAAUAAGACAGAAUGGCAAAACGAUGGCAAUAAAAAUAUAUCUUCGUUGGAAAAUCAAAUAGUUCACCAGAAUUACUUGAGAGAAACAGCCAAAAGAGAAACGUUCGCAUCACUCACAACUCAACAUCUCCGGAACAGACGUGAUUUUGAUACGAUCUUGGAAAGUCCGACCGAAAGCGCCAAUUUUACCUUUACUAUAAAUUAUGAAGAUAAUUAUAGAGUAUGGAACAACUUUUCAAUGAUGUACCAAAGCCGAAUGUACCGUUAUAACCAGUACAGAGUAACGGACGAUGGUCUACAAGUUUGUAAUUCUUCUGACCCCUUUAUUAAACAACGAAGGUGGGGUUUGAUUGCUCGGGAAAAGGAAGUGUUGGCUUCCAAAUAUUGUAAUGUAUCCGUGGACGCGUUUUACUACUCUAAUUACACAUUAUACAGAAAUUUUACUGUUUUCUUCAAACCUACAGAGCAGAGUUUCACAAGGCAAGAUUACGGAGUGACUUUUGGAUAUUUUGCAAUUUGUUCCGCAAAGCUUAGUCUGUCCUGCAAAGAUUAUUUGGUUAAAGUGAAAUACGGCGAUCAGUACAACGUUUUUCAAAACUUUUCGCUGUUUACAAACAACCGGAUGUACGAUUAUCACGAAUAUCAAUUCGGAAACGACAGUCUUGAAAUGUGCGCUGCCAAUGAUUCAAGAAUUCGGGCCAUUUGGAGAACUCGAAAUUCUUGGGAACAGCUUAAAGACCAGUAUACAUGCCGAGGAUCUGUUGAUAAAUUAUCAGACGCAAGGUACUAUACCGUGAAUAAGCACUUCACUGUCUAUCUCGCAACUAGGAGUCAAUAUUUCACAAGAAAUAACUAUGGAGUGAAAUACGGAAAACCUUAUAUAUGCAGAGAAAAGCUGAGACCCACAUCAACCGAAUAUACCCAGGAAGAUCUACUAAUGUGCAACGAUUCAAUCAUCAAUAUAAAAUACGAUGAAUACAAAGUUCGGAAUGACUUUUCAAUACUCUAUAAGAACAAGGUGUACGAUUAUACUGAGUAUCGAGUUCUGGAUGAUGGCAUAACGAUUUGUAACUCCACUGAUAACCACGUAGGGAAUACUUGGAAAGCACGCAAUAAAUGGAUAAAGGCGACAAACCAUCGUAAAAGUUGCAAUAAACCCAUUAGAACCUUUAGGUUUAACAGAGAGUAUUACACUGUGAAUAAGCAGUUCACUGUCUUUUACGCACUUAGGAGACAAUAUUUCACAAGAAACGAUUAUGGAGUGAAAUACGGUAAACCUUAUAUAUGCAAAGAAAAGCUGAGACCCAUAUCAACCGAGUAUACCCAGGAAGAUCUAUUAAUGUGCAACGAUUCAAUCAUCAAUAUAAAACACGAUGAUGAAUACAAAGUUCGGACUGACUUUUCAAUACUCUAUAAGAACAAGGUGUACGAUUAUACCGAGUAUCGAGUUCUGAAUGAUAGCAUAAAGAUUUGUAACUCUACUGAUAACUACGUAAGGAAUAUUUGGAAAGUGCGCAAUAAAUGGAUAAAGGCGACAAACCAUCGUAAAAGUUGCAAUAAACCCAUUAGAACCUUUAGGUUUAACAGAGAGUAUUACACUGUGAAUAAGCAGUUCACUGUCUUUUACGCACUUAGGAGACAAUAUUUCACAAGAAACGAUUAUGGAGUGAAAUACGGUAAACCUUAUAUAUGCAAAGAAAAGCUGAGACCCAUAUCAACCGAGUAUACCCAGGAAGAUCUAUUAAUGUGCAACGAUUCAAUCAUCAAUAUAAAACACGAUGAUGAAUACAAAGUUCGGACUGACUUUUCAAUACUCUAUAAGAACAAGGUGUACGAUUAUACCGAGUAUCGAGUUCUGAAUGAUAGCAUAAAGAUUUGUAACUCUACUGAUAACUACGUAAGGAAUAUUUGGAAAGUGCGCAAUAAAUGGAUAAAGGCGACAAACCAUCGUAAAAGUUGCAAUAAACCCAUUAGAACCUUUAGGUUUAACAGAGAGUAUUACACUGUGAAUAAGCAGUUCACUGUCUUUUACGCACUUAGGAGACAAUAUUUCACAAGAAACGAUUAUGGAGUGAAAUACGGUAAACCUUAUAUAUGCAAAGAAAAGCUGAGACCCAUAUCAACCGAGUAUACCCAGGAAGAUCUAUUAAUGUGCAACGAUUCAAUCAUCAAUAUAAAAUACGAUGAAAAAUACAAAAUUCGGACUGACUUUUCAAUACUCCAUGAGAAUAAGAUGUACGAUUAUACCGAGUAUCGAGUUCUGAAUGAUGGCAUAAAGAUUUGUAACUCCACUGAUAAUUACGUAAGGAAUAUAUGGAAAAUACGCAAUAAAUGGGUAAAGGCGACAAUACAUCAAAAAAGUUGCAAUAAACCCAUUAGAACCGCUUGGUUUGACAGAAAGUUUUACACUGUGAAUAAGCAGUCCACUGUCUAUCUCGUAGCUAGGAGUCAACAUUUCACAAGAAACGCCUAUGGGGUGGAAGCCGGUAAAUUUGCAAUAUGCAAAGAAAAGGUCAAACCAAUAUCAACAGAGUAUACCCAGAAAGAUCUAUUAAUGUGCAACGAUUCAAUUAUCAGUAUAAAAUACGAUGAUGAAUACAAAGUUCGGACUGACUUUUCAAUACUCUAUAAGAACAAGGUGUACAACUAUACUGAGUAUCGAGUUCUGAAUGAUAGCAUAAGGAUUUGUAACUCCACUGAUAAUUACGUAGGGAAUAUUUGGAAAGUACGCAAUAAAUGGGUAAAGGAGACAAUGCAUCAAAAAACUUGCAAUAAACCCAUUAGAACUUUUUGGCCUUACCGAAAGUAUUACACUGUGAAUAAGCAGUUUACUGUCUAUUUCGCAGCUAGGAGUCAAUAUUUCACAAGAAAUGACUAUGGGGUAAAAGACGCUCAACAUUAUAUAUGCGAUGAAAAGUUGAGAACCAUGUCAACAGAGUAUACCAAGGAAGAUCUAUUAAUGUGCAACGAUUCAAUCAUCAAUAUAAAAUACGAUGAAAAAUACAAAAUUCGGACUGACUUUUCAAUACUCCAUAAGAAUAAGAUGUACGAUUAUACCGAGUAUCGAGUUCUGAAUGAUGGCAUAAAGAUUUGUAACUCCACUGAUAAUUACGUAAGGAAUAUUUGGAAAAUACGCAAUAAAUGGGUAAAGGCGACAAUACAUCAAAAAAGUUGCAAUAAACCCAUUAGAACCGCUUGGUUUGACAGAAAGUUUUACACUGUGAAUAAGCAGUCCACUGUCUAUCUCGUAGCUAGGAGUCAACAUUUCACAAGAAACGCCUAUGGGGUGGAAGCCGGUAAAUUUGCAAUAUGCAAAGAAAAGGUCAAACCAAUAUCAACAGAGUAUACCCAGGAAGAUAUAUUAAUGUGCAACGAUUCAAUCAUCAAUAUAAAAUACGACGAUGAAUACAAAAUUCGGACUGACUUUUCAAUACUCCAUAAGAAUAAGAUAUACGAUUAUACUGAGUAUCGAGUUCUGAAUGAUAGCAUAAAGAUUUGUAACGCCACUGAUACCUACGUACGGAAUAUUUGGAAAGUACGCAAUAAAUGGGUAAAAAAGACAAUACAUCAAAAAAGUUGCAAUAAACCCAUUAGAACCGCUUGGUUUGACAGAAAGAUUUACACUGUGAAUAAACAGUCCACUGUCUAUCUCGUAGCCAGGAGUCAACAUUUCACAAGAAACGCCUAUGGGGUGGAAGCCGGUAAAUUUGCAAUAUGCAAAGAAAACGUCAAACCAAUAUCAACAGAGUAUACCCAGGAAGAUAUAUUAAUGUGCAACGACUCAAUCAUCAAUAUAAAAUACGACGAUGAAUACAAAAUUCGGACUGACUUUUCAGUACUCUAUAAGAACAAGGUGUACGAUUAUACCGAGUAUCGAGUUCUGAAUGAUAGCAUAAGGAUCUGUAAUUCCACUGAUAACUACGUAAGGAAUAUUUGGAAAGUACGCAAUAAAUGGGUAAAGGCGAAAAUACAUCAAAGACGUUGCAAUAAACCCAUUACAGAGUCUUGGAUCCGAAAUUAUUACACUGUAAAUAAGCAGUUCACUGUCUAUUUGGGACGUCGUGGUCAAUAUUUCACAAGAAAUGAGUACGGAGUGGAAGACGGUAAACCUUUUACAUGUGAUGAAAAGUUAAGAUCCGAAUCAACAGACUAUACCCAGGAAGAUCUAUUAAUGUGCAACGAUUCAAUCAUCAAUAUAAAAUACGACGAUGAAUACAAAAUUCGGACUGACUUUUCAAUACUCUAUAAGAACAAGGUGUACGAUUAUACCGAGUAUCGAGUUCUGAAUGAUAGCAUAAGGAUCUGUAAUUCCACUGAUAACUACGUAAGGAAUAUUUGGAAAGUACGCAAUAAAUGGGUAAAGGCGAAAAUACAUCAAAGACGUUGCAAUAAACCCAUUACAGAGUCUUGGAUCCGAAAUUAUUACACUGUAAAUAAGCAGUUCACUGUCUAUUUGGGACGUCGUGGUCAAUAUUUCACAAGAAAUGAGUACGGAGUGGAAGACGGUAAACCUUUUACAUGUGAUGAAAAGUUAAGAUCCGAAUCAACAGAGUAUACCCAGGAAGAUCUAUUAAUGUGCAACGAUUCAAUCAUCAAUAUAACAUACCAUGAAAAAUAUAAAAUUCGGACUGACUUUUCAAUACUCCAUAAGAAUAAGAUGUACGAUUAUACUGAGUAUCGAGUUCUGAAUGAUAGCAUAAAGAUUUGUAACGCCACUGAUACCUACGUACGGAAUAUUUGGAAAGUACGCAAUAAAUGGGUAAAAAAGACAAUACAUCAAAAAAGUUGCAAUAAACCAAUUAGAACCGCUUGGUUUGACAGAAAGUUUUACACUGUGAAUAAGCAGUCCACUGUCUAUCUCGUAGCCAGGAGUCAACAUUUCACAAGAAACGCCUAUGGGGUGGAAGCCGGUAAAUUUGCAAUAUGCAAAGAAAACGUCAAACCAAUAUCAACAGAGUAUACCCAGGAAGAUAUAUUAAUGUGCAACGACUCAAUCAUCAAUAUAAAAUACGACGAUGAAUACAAAAUUCGGACUGACUUUUCAAUACUCUAUAAGAACAAGGUGUACGAUUAUACCGAGUAUCGAGUUCUGAAUGACAGCACAAAGAUUUGUAACUCCACUGAUAACUACGUAAGGAAUAUUUGGAAAGUACGCAAUAAAUGGGUAAAGGCGAAAAUACAUCAAAAAAGUUGCUAUAACCAAAUCAAAGAGUCUUAG